UGAUGUUGCAUCAUGGGUCUCACGAAGAGACGGAGGAUGCGGAUGCAUGAGGAGGUUCGUCACGAGCAGCCUUCCUCUUCCGUAACGGUCCUGGCCCAAUAAUGUGUCGAAGCCCCGUUCGCCCGAGGUGCCGCUCAACCAGGCCUAGGGCUUGGUGCCAUCUCAAAUCGCAAUGGAUCGGCCAUUUGACAUGUCUCGAGAUGCCCAGGCUUUGCGAGCACUACUGCACGAGGUACGCAAUCGUGUUGAAGAGGUUCCAUGUGCACCCUUCGACCUGCCACAGCCAGUGCGCCUUGGCGCACAUUUUAUCGCAGUCCGUGCGCAGAUCAUGUCACGCAUGAAGUCCUCUACACAGCCGGUCAAGUUGCAGAUGUGGUGCGACCAGCAGGGGGGUGACCCAGUCGUCUACUUGCUGAAGGAAGAGGAUGUGACGUCUGAUUUCUUCGCCCAGGAAUUGAUUCGCAUGAUGAAUCGGGUUUGGGAAGACGACUGCGUGAUGAUUGGAUCCACUUACGUCCAGGCUCUCACGUACCAGGUGAUAUGCAUCGGACGGGCCGCAGGCUUGGUGGAAUGGGUGCCGCAGUCCAUCACGCUAGCAAAGCUGAAGCGGAUUUGCAGAGGAGAUGCCUUGUGCCGCGUGCUCGAUCGCAUGAACUCGCAAAAGAUACGGUCGCUUGCAGCAUCAACAGUCGCUUAUCUGGUGUCCAACUAUGUUAUCGGUGUGGGCGAUGGUCAUUUUGAUAACGUGAUGCUCACAGAUGCUGGUAAUAUUCAAAACGCUUCGCGUCACCACGUCCAGACUUACAAAGGGAGGGGUCUCUGUCGGGCAUCGUUGUGAGAGAGCGUUUCCUGGCACGCACGGCAGGGACAGUAUGUGAGUGUUGUUUGAAUAUUGCGGCUUCAUUGGGAUAGUUAUGAUGCGUCGCGCGUAGAGUGCGGUCCGAAGUCGCGUGGAAGACGAAACGGGAGAAGUUGCUAAAAUGUGCUCUGAGAUGCCAGGUGUCCAAGGCGUUCUUCACGGCCUGAGUCAGCGAAAGCGUUGACAGUAAUUGCCUGGAGGGCGACGUAGGAGAAGGAUGACAGACGUGAUGCACUGAAGGAUACAUCUUGUCCACA